AACAUUAACAAACUAAGAAUUGACUCUAAAAGAAUCAAACAUGUAAAGAAAACUACACAUAGUAUAAGUUGCAGUCAAAGAAAUGCUGAAGAUUUUGGCUGUAUUUUGCCUUUCCCUAAAGGUUUGAACAAGCAGACAUUCAAAGAAAGGCUUCGAAUUUUAGGCAUGAGAGGUGAACAUGGGCACAUCUUUCUGUGUGUAGAUGAACAUAACUUCUCUUCUUUCUCUUGGCCUAUUUGCAAAAACAACUCACAUUGAUAACAAGACACAUACCAAAAGUAAAGGUCCCUUUUCCAUCCAGCCACCAUUUUCUGGGCGAACUUGGAUCUUAGUGAUCUCAUUUCCCUGAUCACCACUUUAAUAGCUGUUGCAUUUGACAAGGACCCACUUGUCUUUUAACACAUACUGCUAAAUAUAUCAUCUCAUCUCAUAGUGCCAUGGCCACCACAACCUUUCUCUAUAUCAAGAAUAAUGCAGAUACGUAUGUUCCAUCUUUCUAAUAAAGACAUAUUAAGCCCAACUGCUGAGUGACAAGAAACUCUGUUUCUUUCUUUUUCCCCUCUUUCUCCAUUGCUUCCUAAUCUUAUCCCCCUCUCUCCAUAAGCCAAAGCCAAGUCAUAGAGAGACGUCUAGAUACUGAAUCAGAUCUUAUUAGCUAGUCUUUCUUUCCUUUCUUUUCCUUUCUGCAUAAUCUUUUCAACUAUGGACACCAAUCAGCAUCAAACCACCAAAGGGAAAGCUUUUGACAGCAAACAAGAAGAUCUGUUAACAAAACCAUCUCCAACUUCAGCUUCUUCAUCUCCUUCUCAUGAAUUCUCCUUCACUAUCUCUCUCCACUCUUCUUCAGCACCAAUACUUGAUAAAACCAAACCCCCACCUUCAAUUGCAAUCGAUUUGUCGCCUGCUGAUGACAUUUUCUUUCAUGGACAUUUACUUCCUCUUCAUCUCCUCUCUCACCUUCCAGUGUCUCCUCGCUCUUCUAGCAAUUCAUUGGACAGCUUUACCCUCCCCACCAGAGAUUUAAUAGACGAUCAAAAGAGUGAUAAAAGUUUCAGCAACAGCAUUAGCAACAGAAACAGCAACAACAUCUCCAACAACGGAAACUGCAAUCAUGAAGCCGAUGACAAUGAGAGCAAAGGAAGAACCAAGUCCAAUAAGUCAUUCGCAUUAUUCGGUUUCCCAAGAUGGCGAAAGGGUAGUUAUCAGGUUACAGAAGGAGAAGAUAAGGAGAAGCAGAAGAAGAAGAUGAGAUUUGACGUAAGUAAUGUGAUAAAGAGGUAUGCAAGAAUGGUUAGGCCGCUGUUAUUUUUCAAAGGAAGGAGAGAGAAUCUCCAUUUCCAUAGUCAGCCUUGUUCAUUUUCUGCCAGUUUUAGAAACAAACAAGAGUUGAGAGGAAGAAGAGGAUUAUUUUCAGCACCUGCAUCAAUCAGAACAUCUCCUAAAAACAGUGGCCUGCUUGUUGCAACUACAACUCUAACUUCUUCUACAAGUGACAGCACCAUGGAAGAGUUGCAGGCUGCAAUUCAAGCUGCAAUUGCUCAUUGCAAGAAUUCCAUAGCUGAGGAAGACAAACUCCAUUGCUAAGUUUGGAUUUUCCAGUUUUCAUAUUAUACUUUAUAUUAUUCAUCAUUUACAUGCUGGUUUUCCUGUGUAUAACAUGGUGUAUAUGAAAAAGUACGAAAAUUAUUUAUUUUUCUAUGAA